AUGGUCGCCGUGCCCACUGCCUGGUGCUCUGUUGCUCUGGCCCUGCUCCUGGCUCUGCAGGAAGGCAAGGGCCAGGUGGCUGCUGCUCCGGAUCACCCCUCGCCCUCGCCCCGGGCCCGCGGCUCCCACCUGCGGCCUCGACGUUGCUCCUGCAGCUCCUGGCUGGACAAGGAAUGCGUCUACUUCUGCCACCUGGACAUCAUCUGGGUCAACACCCCCGGACAGACAGCUCCUUACGGCCUGGGAAACCCGCCAAGACGCCGGCGCCGCUCCCUGCCGAAGCGCUGUGAGUGCUCCAGUGGCAGGGACCCCGCCUGUGCCACCUUCUGCCAUCAAAGGCCCUGGGCCGAAGCUGUGGUAGUCCCAGGCAGCAGGUCCCCUGCCAACGUGUUCCAGGCCGGCCAGAGAUGGACGUCCACAGGAGAGCUCCUCCAGCAGCUGAGGGAAAUUUCUGCCACCAAGAUCCGCUUUGCCAGACGACACCAGGAGGCAGAGAGGGAGCCGAGGCCCAUGUAUCCCAGGCGGAGGAAAACAUAAUACUGAUUGCCAGAUCGCCAAGGAAUGCUGGGAAGGAGCC